GCCCCGCCUCGUUUCCUCCCUCAGAUUAGUGAAUUACAGCGGAGCGCUGGGUUCUCUGACGCUCAGAUUUGAAGAAAACACAGAAAAUAUGGAAUAAGAUGGUUUGUGAAGCCAAACAGAUGACUGACAGGACAUGGCGUUACUCUGUCGUCAUGGCGAUGGUCUCUUUAGCCUGGCUCCUCCCAGUCAUCGCUACUGCCACGCCCUUCCCCAGGGAUCUGCAGCCAAUCAGUGUGGUGCGUCUGGAUGACUCACACCUAUAUCCCAGUUUUCAGGGUCUGAUGUUUAACAAUGAGACGGAGCGUCUGGGUCUGGACUAUCAGCGGAUGAUCAGGAUCCAGCAAAUGCUGUAUAUCGCUGCCAGAGACCAUGUAUUUGUUGUGAAUCUCACUACAGCAGUUGACAAAAUCAUCCCACAGCAGAUACUGACGUGGAGAUCUACAGACGUGUCAAAGUGCACCGUGAGAGGAAGAAACAGUGAUGAGUGUUAUAAUUACAUCAAGGUUCUUGUGCCUCGAAACGACGAGACUCUGUUUGCAUGUGGAACGAAUGCGCUGAACCCGGCCUGCCGAAACUACAGACUGAGUACACUGGAGCAGGUCGGUCAGGAGCUGCUGGGUCAGGCCCGAUGUCCAUUCGAGUCUCGCCAGUCCAACGUAGGAGUGUUUGCAGGUGGUCAUUUCUAUUCAGCUACAGUGACAGACUUCCAGGCGAGUGAUGCAGUGAUCUACAGGAGUUUAGGAGGAGAAGGGCGACCCGUCCUGCGGACUGUCAAAUACGACUCCAAAUGGCUUAGAGAGCCUCACUUCCUGCAUGCUCUCGAAUACGGGAACUAUGUGUAUUUCUUCUUCAGUGAGAUCGCAGUGGAGCACACCGGCGCUGGGAAGGUGGUGUAUUCACGUGUGGCGCGCGUGUGUAAGAACGACAGCGGCGGCUCCACGCGUGUGUUGGAUCGCUACUGGACGUCAUUUCUGAAGGCGCGUCUGAACUGCUCUGUUCCUGGAGACACGUUCUUUUACUUCGACGUGCUUCAGUCGCUCACCAACGUGCUCCAGAUUAACCAGCGGCCCGCUGUGGUCGGAGUCUUCACCACACAGAUCAACAGCAUUCCCGGCUCAGCGGUGUGUGGGUUUUAUUUGGAUGAUAUUGAGCGAGUGUUUAAUGGGAGGUUUAAAGAACAGAAGAACAGUGAUUCGAUGUGGACGCCAGUGCCUGAGGAACACGUGCCCAAACCACGUCCAGGUUCAUGUGCAGGUGAAGGUUCAGCGUCCUCCUACUCGUCCUCCGUUCAGUUUCCAGACUCUGUGCUCUCGUUUAUUAAGACGCACCCGCUGAUGGACGAGUCUGUGCCGUCAGUCAACAGCCAACCGCUGAUCACCAGCACCACCAGCAGGUAUAAGCUGACUCAGAUUGUUGUGGAUACGGCGGCUGGGCCUCAUAAGAACCGCACCGUUGUGUUUCUGGGCUCUGAGGAGGGACGGGUCCUGAAGAUUCUGACCGGCACUCAAGCCAACAGCUCACACGACUCCAGACUGCUGGAGGACAUCGACGUCUUCAACCCCACGCGGUGUAGUGGAGAGCGUAGGGUGUUGGGUCUGGAGUUGGAUAAGGAGCAUCACGCUCUGUUUGUGGCGUUUUCCAGCUGUAUUAUCAGAGUUCCUCUCAGCCGCUGCGCUCAACACGCCACCUGCAAGAGACACUGUCUCCACACUCAUGACCCAUACUGCAUCUGGCUGCGGACGGGACGUUGUGCUGACGUGGCCCCAGGGUUCAAGGCGGGUUUUGAGCAGGACAUUGACGGUGACCAAUCACAUCCAUUUGACACGUGCAGCGAUGUGAUGUCAGCAGCAGGAAGUGAUGUGAACUCAGCUGUGGAUUCAGCAUCUGGUGUGAAGCAGCUCCCUGAUGCGGCGGGUCUGAGCGACGGCUUUCACUACACUCUUCUGGGCACGUGUGUGUUGGUGGCAUUCGUAUUGGGCUCCAUCAUGUCGGGUUUGCUGGUGUCGUGUUACUGCGGUCAGAGAUCCCAACAAUCGCAGGAGCCAGAGGCGUCGCUUCAGCACGCGCUCUCGCUUAACAGCUUAGCCAAACUCAACCGCCUGAUGGACACCAAACCGGACAAAAACAACCUCACGUCCUCUCAAAUCUACAGCUCAGGACACCAGCCCUGCCACCAGCCCGUUAAACCACACGCAACUGAGGAGGAAGAGUUGAACCUGCCAACGCCGGAUUUGACGCCUGAACUGCCAGUCAAGAACUUGAAAGCUCUAAACAGCCAAUGGGAGAGAAGCCACACCUACAACUCCACCCUGCAGGUGUUUUCCACCAGUCAGAUGCUUCCCAGCAAUGACACGCCCUCAGAGAACCACAGUGAUGAUGUAUUUAAACACACAUCGAAUCCAGACGUCGCCAUUAUGACUUCAUCCUUAUUCCCGAGCGACUCGGGGUCGUUGCACAUGCCAACAUCAUAUUACAGCUGCCUAAAGGAGACGCCUGACACCUCAACGCUUCAGCAGAUUCCGCUACAAACGCUUCCGGAGCGGUUGGACGCCGGCACGGGCUCCUCGCGGCGCCACGUCCUGAUAAAGAUGGGCAAUGGUGUCACCACCGCCCGCCAGCACAGUUUCAACCAGAAAUCAGCGAAUCCGGGAAACAUCUACGAGAUUCACAGGCCUCAAAUUGUGGGCAGCUCGUGUCUGACGCGACAGCACAGCUACAGCGAGCCGCCGCAUCUCCAGCGAGCAGCUAUUAUCAGACGCACAGCGUCGCUUAAACCGCAAAUACCACCGAAACCCACAAACAUACCAUCCAAAACACUACACCUGCCCUCUGCUGCCGCACACGCUAAACACAACUACUGACCUCUGACCCCGAGACACCACCAACACACGAGAGGUGAAAGGUCAAACACACAGCAGGUUUGGAAUUGAAUACUAGCAUACUGAUUACUGCACAGUAUAUGGUGUAUAUAGGAAAUGUGUUAUCUCAUUAUGUUGAGUGUUUAAUUUAGCAUUUGGCUUCUAAUUAGCCUAUCUUUCAGAUAAAACUGCUGUACUUUGCAGUUUUAACUAAAAAAAAAGGCUCAACAAAUAUGAUUUCCAUGGCCUUUUGGAUUUAAGUACUUGGGGGUUUUGUUGUUAAAACAAUCUUAAGAAAAAAAUGUUUUGGGAACACAAAAUAUUUCAAAUAAAAUCGUUAUUUUGUAUAUUUAUUUUUGCAUAUUCCUUAAUCUCAAUGUAAUUUUACACUGGCUUUUGGGAUGAAUGUUAUGGGGAUUUAGGAAAAGUUUGAGGAUAUUCUAAUUUUGAAAAGUUAUUUACAAAGAUUUUUUUUUUUUU